UCUACUGUAUGGAGCUGAAACUUGGAGAACUAUUAAAACCGUCAUCAAAAAUGUGCAAGUAUUUCUAAACACUUGUCUACUCAAGAUACUCACUGUCGGUUGUUGGCCGGAUCCCAUCAGCAACAGCCUACUAUGGAAGAGAACAAGCCAGGUAGUAGCUGUGAAGGAAGUCUAGAAAAGACCCUGGAAUGAGAUAGGAUACAUAGUCAGGAAAUCAUCAAACUGCAACACGACGCAAGCGCUAACUUGAAAUCCUCAGGGGAAAAGGAAGAGAGGAAGGCCAAAAUGCGCACACUGCGCCGAGCAUUGGACGCAGACAUGAAUGAGAUAAACACGAACUGGACACAACUGGAAAGGAUUGCCCAAGACGGAGUUUGAUGAAGAAUGGUGGUGGAUGGUCUAUGAGGAGUAACAGGCGUAACAAAUUAGUUGGUACCGUACUGUAGACAAACAACAAAUCUCAUCUGGUAGUACACUUAAAGAUCCUGUUCGUCGUGGUCCUCAUGGUGUCAGCAAAUACGCAGUUAGGUUUCUACCUGGAAGGCCCAGCUAUGCACCUAAUAUGGUUGGUGUUGACGUAAACAAACUACGUACCUACCAACUGAUUGUUCGAUUUGUAGAUAUUAAUGAUGCUGAUACACAAUUCAGAUGUGUUAUUGAAUUGAGAACUACACCAGUUGAUCAGUGGCCUGUAGCAUAUGGGAAUAUUAUUGUGAAACGCGCUCCUGAAAUUCUCCCGGGGUUGACAUCUAAAAUAGUGACAGAAGGAGACUCUUUAACGUUAGUUUGCCGUGCACAAGGCUCGCCACCACCGAUGAUAAGUUGGACUAGAGCUAAUGGAAGGCCUCUAUCUCUUCCAGGUUCACCACAAAGAAUUUAUAAUUCAACACUACAUAUUCCCCGUGUUGAUCGUUAUGAUCGUGGUAUUUAUCGAUGUUACGCAGUUAACAACGUAGCUGGGUCGGCUGAAUAUGAUGUAAUGGUGGAAGUUAAUUAUGCACCACAUGUUCGUGAGGCUCGGUUCAAAGGAGCUUAUGGACAGGCGCCAGAUGGAAAUUAUGAUAUGACAUUAGAAUGUAUUGUCAAUGGAUAUCCUGAUCCUGAUUUAUUAUGGUAUACUGGAAUUUAUGAUCCAAUAACUAAUAAUAAACCCCUAUUUGAUAAUAAUCGUUAUGAACUUGAAAAAGCUCAAAGUUAUGGUUCAGCUGGUACAAAUGUAACUGAUGUUUUUUCAACGUUACUAAUCCGUAAUGUACGAGUUGGUGAUUAUGGAAAUUAUUCUUGUAGAGCGGAAAACAAAUAUGGAUCGAAUUUUGUUGUACUUAGUUUAUUUUAUCAAUCAAUCUGUCAAGGUGCUUACUGUCCAAUGCUUGGGGCUGUUUCUUUGGAUGCUCGAGUUAAUGAAGAUGGAACUUCGGUUAUCAACUAAUUUGAUAACAAGCUAUGGAACUGUCACAGUGUUUUGAUUAUCUCUAUCUUAUUAUUUGUGACUGAUUUUUUUAUUUUUUACUAUCAUGUAGAUAUAGUGACUACUUUGAAAUAAACAAUUUUUAUUAAUAUUACUUUUUUUCAGUAUAUGGUUGUGGAUUUCAUUGAAAUCAUAAACCGAUCAAUUUUAGACCACCAUUCAGAGCCUGGAAGCACUAGUAUGGGACUCCUCAGUAGUGCGCAUCCACCAUUCCGCACGUGAGAAUAGAACUCAGGACCUUCAGUCUCACACGCGAACACUUAAUCUCUAGACCAGUGAACCGACAUCCAACAGUGUUAAUGCUCAACUACGAUCGAUCCACAACAUUGCGCGACGUUUUCCACUGUCUUUAGUGGGUAAUUGUCUUCUACACAACACGAUCAAACUCCACUGGUCACAGAUUCUCACUAGAACAAUGGAAGAUGGUUGAACAAUAUCUUGGAUUGUUUGAAGUUAGAUAUUAACACCUUUGGAUGCCGGCUCAGUAAUCUAGAAGUUAAGAUCUCAUGCGCGAGACCUAAAUUUCUGGGUGAGAAUUCUCGGUGCGGGAUCAUGGAUGGGCACUUUUUAGGAGUCUUGUACUAGGAUGAAACGACCAACCAGUGUUCUCAGGUUUCCAAUGGUAGUCUAACAUUGAUUUCAAUGAUAUACUACUUUUAAGUGAUAAGUACCAUGAUUCUUUUAAUAGCUUUUUCAGUGUGUUGUUCGCUUUAUUUACUGAACAUAACAUUUCGUGAUUUUCCAGUUUAUUAGGUUAGAAAUGUUUCCAAUGGUAGAAGCUUAUCCCUCUGUAGAUAUUUUGUACAAACUUUUUAUGUCUUCCUUUAAACUAUUGUUUGUUCACAUUAUGUAACACACUAGAAAGCACUAAUUCAAGGAAGAGUUCUACAACAGAAAAAUGUGAUAGAAUACGACAUUCUCAUUUAUAUUCUUACUCAAUAAAAUUAUUUUUGUUCAUAUAUUUUCAUAUCCUACCAUUCAUCAAGUAGAUAAAAUUAUCUAACCUGUUUUAUAUAAUUAUACCCUUUACAUUAUUUCCGUGAAAUUGCCGUGGUUAUCACAGUAACUAGAUUUUGUUGUUGUCAUGCCAACUAGUGCUGUUUCCAAUGUUUCUAUAUUUUAAUUGAAUGAAUUCAUUUCUUUUCAUUCC